AUGUUCCCUCCGUGUACCAUCAUACACCCCUACCUCGUCCUACCACCCCUACCUCACCCUACCUGGCCCUACCACCCCUACCUCGCCCUACCACCCCUACCUCACCCUACCACCCCUACCUGGCCCUACCACCCCUACCUCACCCUACCACCCCUACCUGGCCCUACCACCCCUACCUGGCCCUACCACCCCUACCUGGCCCUACCACCCCUACCUGACCCUACCACCCCUACCUCGCCCUACCACCCCUACCUCGCCCUACCACCCCUACCUGGCCCUACCACCCCUACCUGGCCCUACCACCCCUACCUGACCCUACCACCCCUACCUGACCCUACCACCCCUACCUGGCCCUACCACCCCUACCUGGCCCUACCACCCCUACCUGGCCCUACCACCCCUACCUGGCCCUACCACCCCUACCUGGCCCUACCACCCCUACCUCGUCCUACCACCCCUACCUGGCCCUACCACCCCUACCUGGCCCUACCACCUCUACCUCACCCUACCACCCCUACCUGGCCCUACCACCCCUACCUGGCCCUACCACCCCUACCUGGCCCUACCACCCCUACCUCACCCUACCACCCCUACCUCACCCUACCGCCCUACCUUACCCUACCACCCCUGCCUCACCCUACCACCCCUACCUCACCCUACCAACCCUACCACCCCUACCUGUAA